AUGACGACCGCCGUGUCCCAAGGGGCUGGCGUCCCACAAAAUCGGGGUGCCGUUGGUGCAUACAAAGAUUUCCAGAUCCAUAAGCUUAACAAGGAAGUUGAGUUGAAGGGCACCGACAAGUUCGCGCCCGCCUCCUUCCCUCACUAUCUCCCAACAUGGGAGAAUGAGAAGGGAGUCAAAUAUGCUCCCCUCGAGCCCUUCGAGCAUUACGAGCACGGCAAGGACGCGGAUCCCUCCUUCCCCAACCUGCUCCCCUCGACUGCCACCAUCGAGAACAUUACAUCUUCCAUUGGUGCCGAAGUCUCGGGCGUCCAAAUUUCCCAGCUCAACGACGCGGGCAAAGACGAACUCGCCCUGCUCGUCGCCCAGAAAAAGGUCGUCGCUUUCCGUGACCAGGACUUUGCAGAUAUCCCCAUCGACAAGGCGCUCCAGUACGGCCGCUACUUCGGCCGCUUGCACAUCCACCCUACCUCCGGCGCCCCCGAGGGCUACCCAGAGGUUCACCUCGUGCACCGCGGCGCCGAGGACCAGAGCUUUCGCAGCUUCUUUGACAACCGGACUAACAGUAUCGCGUGGCACAGCGACGUGACAUACGAAAACCAACCUCCCGGCACCACUUUCUUGUACUCGCUCGACGUGCCGGAUGCGGGUGGCGACACCAUCUUCGCGAACCAGGCCAAGGCGUACGAGCGUCUGAGCCCGGCUUUCCGGGAGAGGCUGGAGGGCUUGAAGGCGCUGCACAGCGGCUAUGAGCAGGCGGGUGCCGCCGAGGCGAAAGGGACAUUUGUGAGGAGAGCACCUGUUUCCUCGAUCCAUCCUCUGGUCCGUACGCAUCCUGCGACGGGCGAGAAGGCAUUGUACGUCAACCCGCAGUUCACCCGCUACAUCAUCGGCUUCAAGCAGGAGGAGAGCGACUACCUGCUGAAGUUCUUGUACGACCACCUGGCCUACAGUCAGGAUCUGCACUGCCGCGUCAAGUGGAAGCCCCGGACCGUCGUCGUUUGGGACAACAGAGUCACUGCUCAUUCGGCUUUGAUCGAUUGGGAGAAUGGCUCCCGCCGCCAUAUCGCCCGCAUCACCCCUCAAGCUGAGCGACCAUACGAGGCUUAA